GCACGCUUGCGCGGCUGUCACAGGGCUGCUUGGUUGGUCAGUGGGGAGUCGGCGCCUGCGUACUAAGACCCGUGUGCAGCAGCGGCGGCGGCGGUAGAGGCGGCGGCGGCGGCGGCAGCGGGCUCGGAGGCAGCGGUUGGGCUCGCGGCGGGCGGACCGGGUCGAGUCAGUGCGUUCGCGCGAGUUGGAAUCGAAGCCUCUUAAAAUGGCAGAUGAUUUGGACUUCGAGACAGGAGAUGCAGGGGCCUCAGCCACCUUCCCGAUGCAGUGCUCAGCAUUACGUAAGAAUGGCUUUGUGGUGCUCAAAGGCCGGCCCUGUAAGAUCGUGGAGAUGUCUACCUCCAAGACUGGCAAGCACGGCCAUGCCAAGGUCCACCUGGUUGGUAUUGACAUCUUUACUGGCAAGAAAUACGAAGAUAUCUGCCCGUCGACUCAUAAUAUGGAUGUCCCCAACAUCAAAAGGAAUGAUUUCCAGCUGAUUGGCAUCCAGGAUGGGUAUCUAUCGCUGCUCCAGGACAGCGGGGAGGUGCGAGAGGACCUUCGUCUGCCCGAGGGAGACCUCGGCAAGGAGAUUGAGCAGAAGUAUGACUGCGGAGAAGAGAUCCUGAUCACGGUGCUGUCUGCCAUGACAGAGGAGGCAGCAGUUGCAAUCAAGGCCAUGGCGAAAUAACUGGCUCCCAGGGUGGCGGUGGCGGAAGCAGUGAUCCUCCAGCCUGCAGAGGCCCCCUUCCCCAGCCUGGCCCAGCUCCGGCCCAGCCCCGGGCUGGACUCCUCCUACACAAUUUAUUUGACGUUUUAUUUUGGUUUCCCCCACACCCCCUCAAUCUGUCGGGGAGCCCCUGCCCUUCAUCCUGCUCCCUUGGCCAGGAGUGAGUGACCCAUGGCCUUGGCGAAACUGUCCUCCUCUUCUCCCCUCGCACUACAGUCCUGGUCGGGGAGAGGGGGCGGGUGCUGCUUGUGGUUUAGUGGGUUUUGUUUGGUUUUUGUUUUCUUUCUUUUUUCUUUUUCUUUUUUUAAAUUCAAUCUGGAAUCAGAAAGCUGUGGAUUCUGGCAAAUGGUCCUUGUGCCCUUCCCCCACUCAUCCCUGCUCUGGUCCCUUGUUCCCCUUGGCCCUUUACCCCAAGCACCACCCCACAGACUGGGGACCAGCCCCCUCUCCUGCCUAUGUCUCUCCCCAAAUCCCUUUAGCUGGGGAGGGAAGAGGAGGAGAGGGGAGGGGACCUGCCCCCUCCUCAGGCAUCUGGGAGGGCCCUGCCCCCACGGGCUUCACCCUUUCCUGUGGGCUCUCUCCCCGACACAUUUGUUAAAAUCAAACCUGAAUAAAACUACAAGUUUAAUAUGAA